UCCGGUGCGCGCGGACGUGACUCGGAUGGUGAAAAGAAAACCGCAACCAAACCAGAAGUCAAUUUUACGCGAUGUCUGAAUAGGACUGCUGCCCAAACGAAAGCCAGAAAAAACAAGUUGUGAAAAGAAAAACGAAGAAAAAUAUGCAAAAGUGGGAAAACAAAGAGAGGAAAAAUUAAGACAAAGUUAAACCACUUGAUGUCCCCUCGGGUGUCCUGUGUCUGUGUCCUGCAUUGCCGCCUGUCGAGUGUCUUUUGCCGAAAUCACUUUUAAAAUUUGUUUGCUCUUGCCGUAUUCAAAUGGAUAUUAGAAUGUCGCGCUGAACGGGAAACCCAAGGAGCAAAAACAGAACCAAAAGAAGCCGGGGAUUUCUCCAAGGAUGCGAAAAAGCCCGCCGUAACGUAAAAAAGGGAUUAUUGUGCAUCAUUUCGGGCACCAACAAAAACUCGUAAGAAGGCGAAAGAAAAUACAUUUUCGAGUCGGAUUAUGCGAUAAAUUGUUACUGAAGUGUAAAUGUUUUCUCACGUGUUAAAUCGUUAAAUAUAAGCCAGCCGAGCUAGACAUAAAUGAACCGAAAUUGGUUAGAGUCCGACCAUAUGGUUAUUGUAACUUAUUACCAAGAACUUUAAACUGCAAAGGCCAUCGAGAAGCAAUGUGAAACUUGUUAAACACUAUAAAUGGUCCCACUCCUUCAGGUUUGGUGUGGCAAAAGUUUUAGCCAUUAGUCAUCGAGAACAUUGUGUGAUAGUUCUGCAUGGCAACCGUGCAAGUUAUUAACUUUUGUGCGGCGGCAUGAGAAAGUGAGCCGAGAACGAAUAAAAGAACAUUUUUUGUUAUUAAUUGCAAAACGAUUAUGAAAGUUUAAGUGGAAAUAAGUUGAUUUAUAUAUCUUGAAAAGUUCAUGCACUUUACUUUUUUCAUUGAUUGAGCUGUUGAAAUAAAAGUUGGAGAUGAGAAAUUGUUCUUGCGAAAGUUUUUUUAUGUAGUUCAAUUUGUGGUAUUUAAUAAAAAAAAUAGCUAUUACUUCCUUUCGUCUAAAUUUUUAUGAAAACCAGAAUUUUUUGUGGCCCAAUUUGGUUUUUCCAUUUAUUUAACUUGUUGUCCUUUUUCUAGUCUAUUAUUUGGUUAUUACUAGCAAACAACUUUAACAAGCACAAUAAAACCCAAUGGCAAACAACACUGUUAGGUAAAUUUAUUUAUUAGGGCUUAAGCGAAUUUGUGAUGUUCAGCUAAAUAAGUUUUCGAGAAGACCAAAAAGCCAAAUAAACAAAUUGGAUUACCACACAUAUAAUAAAGUCGAGUUCUGAUGCCAGUUUAUUUGUCUAUAUUGGUGCCACUGCAGCGCCAAUAAAAGUUUACCACUCAACAAAGGCGAAAACACUUAAAUAAAUAUAUAAAUCAACCAACACAAAAAUAGUGCAAAACGAGAGGACAGACUGAGUAAGCAAACAAUGAGUUUGCAAGAAAAUCGGUUGAGAAAACGCAUCGACCCAUAAAGAAGAGUUGCAGUUUUUUGUGAAAAACUAGAAAUAAAAUCAAAUAAAAUAAAAUAAAAUAAAAUAAAACAGGAUAGAGGUUAGAUAAAACCCAAAUGGAGGCAAGCCAGGACCCAGCCCCGAGCGUAUUAAUUCAAUAAACCUAUUUAUCUGAGACUUCGACUGGGAUUUGGAGAACGGAGCGGAGCAGAGAAUGCGACAAAGUUUGCCAGCCAAGACGGCGCAGUGCAAUCAGCAGAUCCUGGCUUUGGGUCUCAGGAGCAAGAGCAGCCAGAUUCGAUGCCGCAAACGAGUCCCAAUUGGAGGCGGGCGGACAAUGAGCGCACAAAAGGCGCUGUAAGUGUCAUUGCAGCCAGGAACUGGGCCACUGGGACUGCCACGCAGGACUAGGACAAGUAGAGCAGUAGCAGUAGCAGUAGCAGUAGCAGCAGAAGCACCAGAAACAGCACAGCCAGGACCCACCCGGACCCCGACCCGGACCACAACGUUGACAACAGAGAUGACAGCGGCGGGAGCAGCAGGACGAACAGGACGAACAGGAGGAGGAGGAGGUGGAGGAGGAGCAGCGACGUGGUGUCGCCGAUUUUUCCAUACAUCCAGACCAGCAUCUUGGCUGCGCAUCAGCACCGUCCUUCUUUUCCUGGUCCUUGGCUUUGGGAUGCAACAUGUUACCUGCAGCACUCCAGAGCCCGGGGCGAAUCCAGUGGAACUGACACGGGGACAGAAAGCUGCUGAGGGACAGCUUACGACGGCCACAAGAUCCACUUUGCCAGAUAGGCCAAUGACAACACAAAACGAUCUAAUUACGACAGCCGGCAACUUGACGACAGCAAAAAAGGCAGCCGCAGCAACAGAGGCAACCAGCUCGUGGAGCACGGCCUCGGCCCGGGGCACGUCAUCAGCAGAUAUAGCAGCAGUAGCGAUACCAACCAGCCAGUCAGCACAAAUUGGGCUAACUACUCGGCCCACAGAACGGCAAACAGAAGCGCAGACAGCAGCAGCAGCAACAUCAGCAGAAGCAGAAGCAGAAGCAGCGGCAGCAACAGCAACACAAGCCGCAACAGCGACAUCAGCAUCAGCAGCAACUGAGACCGCAGCAGAGAUGCUCAUAUCAACAAUUUAUCCAGCAUCAACGGAAACGGAUGGGCCCAACUCCAUUGAGCGGCUGCCAGGCCGCAGUGAAAAGUUGGCGAUGGCUCAUCCGGGUGUCGCUGAUUCAUUGACCAAGGGCUUCUCCAUUCCGACCUUCCUACCGCCAUUUCCCGUUUUCGCGGCAGCGGAUUUGCCAGCUUACCGUGCCGCUGCCGAUGCGGCCGAGGCGGCCAAGUUGGCGGCAGAGGCGGAGGCCGCCAAAACAGCAGCAUCCGCAGCCUCCGCGGCGGUGACAAUGACGCCGGAGGAGCAGCGCCGGCAAAUGUUUAACGAGCAGCACUCCUACCUGGCCGCCCACCGGGAGGCGGGGACGGGGACGGGGCCGCGACGCAACCUCACAAUGCCCGUGCUAAACAUGACCGCCCAGAUGGGUAACCACGCCUACAUGCCGUGCCAGAUACACCGACUUUCGGAUAAGCCCGUUUCGUGGGUCCGCAUGCGCGAUAAUCACAUUAUCAGCGUGGACGAGACGACCUUUAUAGCAGAUGAGCGCUUCCAGUCAAUUUUCCAGGAGGAUCACGAUUACACCUGGUCGCUGCAGAUCAAAUACGUACAGCCAAGUGAUGCCGGGUAUUACGAGUGUCAGAUGGCAACGGAGCCCAAGUUGAGUGCCAAAGUGCACCUCCAAAUAGUCAAACCCAAGACUGAGCUGAUUGGGGAUCAGAGCCGCUUCGUGAAGGCGGGCAGCAAGGUGGCGCUGCACUGCAUCGUCCGGGGAACCUUGGAUCCGCCCAAGUACAUCAUCUGGUUCCGGGGCCAGAAGAAGAUUAGCGAGAGUGACGAGCGGACCGGUUGGUAUACGCAACUGGAUCGAAAUAUAUUCGGAACCGUGGGCGAUAAUCAAAACACGAUCGGCUCGUUAAUCAUACCGCUCGUGCGGAAAGAGGAUUCCGGCAAUUAUACGUGCCAGCCGUCGAACAGCGUCUCCGUAUCCGUGGACCUGCACGUGCUAAGCGGUGAAUAUUCCGCAUCGGCCAUCAUGUCAACGGCGGCGAGGACGAUGACGCCUGGCGGGCGGAGCACGUUCCGGUCGACGCUGGGACUCCUGGGAAUCCUUGGACUUCUUUGGGCGCUGCAGGAUGCGAUGCACACAACGCCCCAGACGUGACUCGCCUAUUGAACGCCUGGUCGCGGCGUACGACUUCCAAUUAUUUGUAAGCUUUUGCGCCAUCUGCAGUUACGUAAUUUAGGUUAGAGAUUAAUUAAAGGCGGCCUUGUAAAUAGCGGUGAGAACAGCGGGAGCCCGGGCGAAGCAGAAUUGACGGUUCUGUAAUUAGGUUAAACGUUACCAUAACUCUCAUGUCUGCGUGUCUCACAUAUUCCCCAAGCCAUACUGAAUUCAAUCUAAUGUACAAUUCAAUUUAAGCAGACCCCAUUUCAAGUUGUGAAAUCGAAUCAAUAAUUAGAUUAUUGUCAGAGAAAUAUUAUUAAAUGAAAAAAAAAUAAAACUGAAUCAUAAAAAUCCAUCAUAAAUAACAGGCAUUCAAUAAAUCAUGUGAAACUUUA